AAGACCUUCCAACCCAUCUCAAACCUGCUUUCCUGGAGCCAGCCUGCUGGCUGUGCAGCAGUGAAUCUUGUAUCCCUUCCUGUUGAUAUGCUGACAUCCAGGAUGGAGACAGUAGAAAGUGAGACCCUGAUUCAUGAGGUGGCAGAGAUGAGUGGAAGAGCUGACGUGACUCUGGACCCAGACACCGCCAACCCCUUUCUCAUUCUGGCCAGUGACCAGCGAGGGGUAGGACGCGGCGACGAGUGGACCUUGCUGCCCAACAACCCCGAGCGCUUUGACACGGAGCCGUGUGUGCUGGGCACCCAGGGCUUUGCUGAGGGGAGACACUGCUGGGAGGUGGAGGUGGCCAGGGCAGGAGACUGGUGGGCAGUGGGAGUGGCCCAGGAGUCUGUCAGGAGGAAGGGGGUCCUCAGUUUUACGCCCCAGGAAGGGAUCUGGUCUGUGGGGCAGUGGUUUGGACAGUACCAUGCUUUCAGUGAUCCUGACUGGACCCCACUGCACCUUACCUGCCUCCCCAGGGCCAUCCAAGUCUGCUUGGACUUUACAGACAAGCAGGUGACUUUUGCUGAUGCUGAGAGUGAAGCCCCAAUCUUUGCUUUCUGCCUGGCCUCGUGUGCUGGGGAGAGGCUGCGGCCAUGGCUCUGGGUGGGGAUGGACUCAUGGCUCAAACUGUGCCCCUGACAGGGAGGGAACAUGGGUGGGGCAGGGGAGAGACUGGAAAGAUGAAUGCCAUCACCUUGGGUCUUGGUGCUAGGAACUGGGAGGGUCCUGCAUCCUGCUGGCUUCUCCUCAUGUGGAUCCUCUGGCCACCAAGGGGAGGACUAGCAGGUCAUGGAAGUAGAGGCCACAAUAGAGACUCCUACAUCCCCCCACCCCUCAGCUGGGACUGCAGGGACAACAGGGAGCACAGAGACUGGGUGCAGGGAGGAGCUUGGUGCCCGUGGUCCCAUGGCAGGGACCAUCACUGAGCCAGGGCACUGCAGAACUGCUCUGUAUGGAAAAUACAUAGCCAUGGAAAAUAUAGCAGGGUCCAGUUCCUCCAAGGGUGCUGGAGUAGUGCCUCUGGCUUUUUUCAAGUAAGUUAAAAAAACCCAAACACAGCUGGAUACUCAUGAUAACACUUAUCUUCCCCACACAUCCAGAGACUGUCCUUGCUUGAUGUGCACCAAGCACAUUUCUUGCAGCAGAGCACUGGUAUCAGUGCAAGGGCAGCAGUAGGGGCAGCCCAGGAAGGAAAGCACAAUGCUGAGCUGUGUCUGAAAUCCAUAGGACAGGCAAUUCCCACAGAAUGUCCAUUCUCUGACCUUGCCCCACCAAGGUCUCACCUCACAGGAUCCUGCUAAAUCCUGUCCUUAGGAUAGAAGGUGGAUGUAGGUGAAGGGGGACAUUACCUGGGUCCACCCUAGAUUUCAUCUCCAAACACUUUUCUGGUUGGACCUUUAAUGCCACCUCUGUUGUCAUCGUUGUGGUGGUGUCUGGGCACAGGCAGCAGUAUUGGUCUCCUGCUGUACUCCAGAAGCUGCAGAGCUGCAGCACUGGGUCAAGCCCAGUGGGUUUCAUAGCACCAAGACUGGGGAAACUCAGAGAUCUCUGCUCCCUGUGAGGCACUUCCUACUCUCCAUGGGCAGUAGCCUCUGAGACUGUCCUGGUUUUGCUUGGGAUAGAGUUAACUUUCCUCUCGGUGGCUGGCACAGUGCUGGGUUUGGGAUGUAGGGUGAGAAUAAUAUUGAUAGCAACAACCAAAUCAUCAAUCAUGUGGUGUUUACCCUACAUUUUCAGUGUCUCAUGCUCUGCCAGCAAGGAGCUGCACAAAAGUUGGGGAGGGAACACAGCCAGGACAGCUGACCUGAACUGACCAGAGGGAUAUUCCACACCAUAAAACAUCCUGCCCAGUGUGUAAACUGGGGGA